AUGAAAUCUAUACUCUUCCUCCUCAGCUUCUUCGCGCUCUUCGCUACCGUUGCUGUUGGUACAGAUUGGAAAUACCAAGAGGGUGGUAAACAGCAUGACAGAGGGUACAGACAAGGGGAUUGGGGCGAAUGCGGGCAAUGCCAUCGACACUACUGGGCGUGCUACACAGACUGCACCAACGGAAAGGAGUAUGGAAAUGAGCAUGGGAACGACCUCCGUUAUCCCAACCAGGAAUGCCGCUCACUCUGCCAGCAAUGGGCCGAAUCGAGCGUACAUUGGUGCACGAAACAUCAAUGCAAGCUUCAUACCGGGAAAUGGGGGGAGGACGAAUGGCAUAGUCAGGUACGUGAUCACCAGAAAGCAACAGUGUAG